AGGCCGUGCGCGUCCCGGCCUCGGAGGCCGCCCGGCAGGCGCCGGUGCCCUUUGUCUGGUGCAGAGCGGGCGUUUGCAUCACACUUCGGACACCUCCCUCUCCUUUUCGCCUCUCCUUCUCCUUCCCGCUCACAUCUCCUCCCCAUCCCCGCCGCCAUCCCCCCGCGGACUGCUGGCCGCCUGGACCAAAGCCGCGGACGUCUCUACCCGAGCGAUGUCUCCUCUCCAGAAAGUUGCCGCUGCCGCCGGGCGAUGAAACAAAGUCUGGCGGGGCCGCCUCCCGGUGCAUGAGCGCACCCGUGCCCAGCGGCCGGACUGCGCUGCCGGGCGUGCCGUCUGCCCCCGGGGAGCCCGAGACGCGCCGGGCCAUGGCCGAGGGCGCGGCCGGCAGGGAGGGUCCCGCGCCGCCUGACACAGCCGGGAGCGAAGACGACCCCCGAGUGGGCCCGGACGCCGCCUGCGGGGACGGCGUGGCGGCGGGCCCUGGGGGCCGGGCGAGGGACCGUCGCAGCGGGGUCGUGCUGCCCGGCGCUGCAGGGCCCCCGGCGGACAGCGAGGCUGGCCUCCUGGAGGCGGCGCGGGCGACCCCCCGGCGCAGCAGCAUCAUCAAGGAUCCUUCAAACCAAAAAUGUGGUGGAAGAAAGAAAACUGUGUCUUUCAGCAGCAUGCCAUCGGAAAAGAAAAUUAGCAGCGCUAGUGACUGUAUCAGCUUCAUGCAAGCUGGCUGUGAACUGAAGAAAGUCCGGCCAAAUUCUCGCAUUUACAACCGUUUUUUCACCCUGGACACAGACCUCCAAGCUCUUCGCUGGGAACCUUCCAAGAAAGACCUUGAGAAAGCUAAGCUUGAUAUUUCUGCCAUAAAAGAGAUCAGACUGGGCAAGAACACAGAAACAUUUAGAAACAAUGGCCUUGCUGACCAGAUUUGUGAGGACUGUGCCUUUUCCAUACUCCACGGGGAAAACUACGAGUCUCUGGAUCUGGUUGCCAAUUCAGCAGACGUAGCAAAUAUCUGGGUAUCAGGGUUACGAUACUUGGUUUCUCGGAGUAAGCAACCACUUGAUUUUAUAGAGGGCAACCAGAACACACCAAGGUUCAUGUGGUUGAAAACAGUGUUUGAAGCGGCAGAUGUUGAUGGGAAUGGGAUUAUGCUAGAAGACACCUCCGUAGAGUUAAUAAAACAACUCAACCCUACCCUGAAGGAAUCCAAGAUCAGGUUAAAGUUUAAAGAAAUCCAGAAGAGCAAAGAAAAACUAACCACUCGGGUGACAGAAGAGGAAUUUUGCGAAGCUUUUUGUGAACUUUGCACUAGACCGGAAGUGUAUUUCUUACUUGUACAGAUAUCUAAAAACAAAGAAUAUUUGGAUGCCAACGAUCUGAUGCUCUUUUUGGAAGCUGAGCAAGGAGUCACCCAUAUCACUGAGGAUAUGUGCUUAGACAUUAUUCGGAGAUAUGAACUUUCUGAAGAGGGACGUCAAAAAGGGUUUCUCGCGAUUGAUGGCUUUACCCAGUAUUUGUUGUCACCAGAAUGUGACGUUUUUGAUCCUGAACAAAAAAAUAUUGCCCAAGAUAUGACCCAGCCGUUAUCUCACUACUACAUCAACGCCUCUCACAACACCUAUCUCAUAGAAGACCAGUUCAGGGGGCCGGCUGAUAUUAACGGGUAUGUCAGAGCUCUGAAAAUGGGCUGUCGAAGCAUUGAACUUGAUGUAAGUGACGGUUCAGACAAUGAACCAAUCCUAUGUAAUCGAAAUAACAUGACGACACACCUUUCCUUUCUAAGUGUCAUAGAGGUGAUAAAUAAAUUUGCCUUUGUUGCUUCUGAGUACCCACUCAUUCUGUGCUUGGGGAAUCACUGCUCCGUGCCACAGCAGAAGGUAAUGGUCCAACAGAUGAAAAAGAUUUUUGGCAAUAAACUCUACACUGAAGCACCUUUGCCAUCAGAAUCCUACCUCCCAUCACCAGAAAAAUUAAAAAGAAUGAUCAUUGUGAAAGGAAAGAAAUUGCCUUCUGAUACAGAUAUUUUAGAAGGAGAAGUAACAGACGAAGAUGAAGAAGCUGAAAUGUCACGAAGGAUGUCAGUAGAUUACAAUGGUGAGCAGAAACAAGUCUGGCUGUGUAGGGAGCUCUCUGAUUUGGUAUCUAUCUGUCAAUCUGUUCAGUACAGGGAUUUUGAACUGUCUAUGAAAAGCCAAAACUACUGGGAAAUUUGUUCAUUUAGUGAAACAGAGGCCAGCCGAAUUGCAAAUGAAUACCCAGAGGAUUUUGUAAAUUAUAAUAAGAAGUUCUUAUCAAGAAUCUAUCCAAGUGCCAUGAGAAUUGAUUCUAGUAACUUGAAUCCACAAGACUUUUGGAACUGUGGCUGUCAGAUUGUGGCAAUGAAUUUUCAGACUCCAGGUCCAAUGAUGGACCUUCACACGGGCUGGUUUCUUCAAAAUGGAGGUUGUGGUUAUGUUCUGAGGCCAUCUAUCAUGCGAGAUGAAGUUUCUUACUUCAGCGCCAAUACAAAGGGCAUUGUACCUGGGGUGUCUCCUCUGGCUCUUCAUAUCAAGAUCAUCAGUGGUCAGAAUUUUCCAAAGCCCAAGGGAGCUUGUGCCAAAGGGGAUGUCAUAGAUCCCUAUGUUUGUAUAGAGAUACAUGGAAUUCCGGCAGAUUGUUCUGAACAAAGAACUAAAACCGUACAACAAAACAGUGAUAAUCCUAUUUUUGAUGAAACUUUUGAGUUUCAAGUAAACCUACCUGAGCUGGCCAUGAUCCGCUUUGUCGUUCUGGAUGAUGACUACAUUGGGGAUGAGUUUAUAGGGCAAUACACAAUACCAUUUGAAUGUUUGCAGCCUGGAUAUCGGCAUGUCCCCCUGCGUUCCUUUGUGGGUGACAUCAUGGAGCACGUAACCCUUUUUGUCCACAUAGCAAUAACUAAUCGAAGUGGAGGAGGAAAGGCACAGAAGCGCAGCCUUUCAGUGAGAAUGGGGAAGAAAGUUCGGGAAUACACCAUGCUCAGGAAUAUCGGUCUUAAAACCAUAGAUGACAUCUUUAAAAUAGCAGUUCAUCCCUUGCGAGAAGCCAUAGAUAUGAGAGAAAAUAUGCAGAAUGCCAUUGUGUCUGUUAAGGAGCUGUGUGGACUUCCACCAAUCGCCAGUCUAAAGCAGUGCCUGUUGACCCUGUCCUCUCGGCUCAUCACGGGUGACAAUUCUCCCUCAGUCUCUCUCGUGAUGAAGGACAGCUUUCCUUAUCUGGAGCCUCUGGGGGCAAUUCCAGAUGUGCAGAAAAAGAUGCUGGCUGCUUACGAUCUGAUGAUUCAAGAGAGCCGGUUUCUCAUAGAAAUGGCAGAUACAGUCCAGGAAAAGAUUGUGCAGUGUCAGAAAGCAGGGAUGGAGUUCCAUGAGGAACUUCAUAAUCUAGGGGCCAAAGAAGGCUUGAAAGGAAGAAAACUCAACAAGGCAACUGAGAGCUUUGCUUGGAACAUUACAGUGUUGAAGGGCCAAGGAGAUCUGUUGAAGAAUGCCAAGAAUGAAGCUAUAGAAAACAUGAAGCAGAUCCAGCUGGCGUGCUUGUCUUGUGGACUUAGUAAAGCCCCCAGCAGCGGUGCUGAGGCCAAGAGCAAGCGCAGCCUGGAAGCCAUAGAGGAGAAAGAAAGUGGCGAGGAGAACGGGAAGCUGUGACCCCCAAGCAGUUCACUCAUCCUUCCUGUCAUGGACUCUGGUUUUUCUUUCUUGUUUUCUUUCUUUAAGCUUUGUAGAAGUUCACAAAAAGAUGCCCUCUAUGGGGUAUUGGACAUAAACAGAUAUUUUCACAAUGUCAGUAUUUUAUCAUAGUUAAUUUAUCUAAGUUAAACCUUUAGUAGCAGUGUUAUAAAUUCUGAGCUGUGUGUACAGACUCAUGUAUGGAUGUGGAUGGAAGUGUGCGUAUGUGUGUGUGAGAGGGAGAGACAGAGACAGAGAAAGAGAGAG